AUGGACCUCUCAGGUUCUUUGCCUCCACCUUCCCCAUAUACCUUCCCUGUCAUCCCCAAUGUCUCUUUGCCCUCCUCCUCUCCCUCCAUCUCUCCAUCACCCAGCCUGGCAUCCACAGCUCUUUUCUGUUCGCUCCUCUCCCUCCUCUCGUUGCUGGGCAUCACAGGAAACCUGUACACUUUAGUCCUCCUUCUGAGGCGUAGGAGAAGUAGAAGACGUUGCGUAGGGCCAAACUGCUGCCUAAUGAGAGUACCUGUACCAUCCUGCCUUGCCAACUCCUCCUCCCCUUCAGCCUCCCCCAUCUCCUCUUCUUCCUCCUCCUCUUCCUCUCUUCACCUCCAGGUGCUGAGCCUUGCUCUUGCUGAUCUGCUCUACCUUUUCACUGCUCCCUUCAUCGUGUACGACAGCCUGGCAUCUGGCUGGGCCUUUGGUGAGCUGGGCUGUCGCCUCCUCCUGAGCCUGGACCUCCUCACCAUGCACGCCUCCAUCUUCACUCUGACUGCCAUGAGUCUGGACCGCUAUCGGGCUGUGGCUCACCCCCUGCACACCUCCUCCUCUAACUCCUCUGGCCUGCUGCGUGUCAGUCUGGCCUGGGGGCUGGCUGUGGCUCUUAGUCUGCCCAUGAUGAUCACCCUGCACCUGGAGGAUGGGGAGAACCAGGAGGGCCAGCUGUGUGUGCCGGCAUGGGACGAGCAGAGCUCCAAGGCUUAUUUGAGUGUGUUGUUCUGCACCAGCAUCCUUGGCCCCGGGCUGGCCAUCGGAGCACUGUAUGCCACUCUGGGCCGGCUUUACUGGGUGUCUCAGACCCGGCCGGCCUGGGCCACUGGGAGCAACUCUGCUUGUCCUCCCCGUGCUCCCAAACCCAAAGUCCUGCUUCUCAUCCUGGGUAUUGUCCUGGCCUUUUGGGCCUGCUUUCUCCCUUUCUGGAUCUGGCAGCUGCUGCCUCUGUACCAGCCUGACAUGCUGCGGACAGUACCAGUGGGGACACAGGUGACAGUGAACCGUAUCCUCACUGGGCUGACCUAUGGAAACUCUUGUGUGAAUCCAUUCUUCUACACACUAUUGACGGGAAAACGAAGACACAACAGGCAGACGCUGACAUCAGCAAAUCAGCUCUGCCGCAAGAGCAGUCCACUGCAGUAG